GACAUCAGACUUCUACGAUCUACAGCUUAGCAAUAGUAUGUCGUUCCUCCUGUUCGCAUUGCUGUCUCUUCUGUUCAUCAGUGAGACGAAAAGUGCUGGACUCCAUGAUUCCAAUGAGGCGAUCGGCUCUCGCGUUCCUAGCCGCACCGGAAACAAGUACCGGGGCGUACUUUCUGGUGUUACCAACGUAAAGAGAAAUCCAGUUACCGGUGCCGUCGACGAGGUAGCCUUUCCUGGAGUAUUGCUCCAACCGAGCACUGGAAACUACUUCACGUGUACUUACUCGGCAACAAGAGACUGAUGGGAAAAUUUGUAGCAAAUGACGGUCGUGAAGUUCAUUUCGAUUCUGCGUGUUCUGGAUGGGUGAGAAUCUACCGUCCAAAUGGGACCACCAUCCUGCAGCAUCAGUAUCUGCAACACGAAUUGAACGUUCACUAUGCCAAGAUCGAGGGAAGUGCGUUCGUCUACGGGGAAGGAAACGAAAGGACUUACUCAAUACACCAGUCUCGAUCCACACGGGAAGCCGAGGAGGAAUAUAAAUCUAGGAGAAGCAGGAAUGACGAAUCAGACCAGGAGGAAAUUAAAGCGGCUGUAGAUAUAUUGGAGGCCGAUCAAGAUACCCCGGUUCUAGAGCAAGUGGCACAGGCUCUUGGUGAAUUUGGAAUCUAUGGAAAAAAUUCUCCAUGCGCCCUUCCUCUUUACGGUGUUGCAAUGUCUGUCACUAGACGACUACAACCGGAGCAGAAGGAGGAGAAGAAUGAAAAGACGGAAUAUGAAUAUGAAAACGAAUUGGAACAAGCGGAGAGACAGCAGAGGUCCGUUUCACGAGAGCGACGCUGGUGGAAGUCGUUAUUCCCUCCUUCUAGUAAGGAUGAUUGCACUCCUAAUCGUGAUAAGAAUUGCCUAGGAAUGUGUGGACGUCGUUGCAGUUGCUGGUCAUUCGUUUGUGGUGACUGCUGUUAUCAUCAGGGAUGCUACGAACACGAUAGGUGCUGCACCAACUUCUGGUCGUUUCCCUGUCUUUUUCCAAUUGGGAUUAGCUGUACUUCUUAUCACCCGUAUCCUAAGUACUGUCCAUAAACCUCGUUCUGAAAGAAGAGAACAAGUACUAGUGCUCUAGUGGCUUGGCUUUCAAAUUGCUUGUUUGCUUGUUGCUGUUGCUGCUGCUGCUACUACUACUACUUCUGCUCAAACUGCUGUUUUUCUUUUCGUCAUUUUCCUAGUUUACCUAAUUUUUAUAGAAAUAUUUUCUGAAUUGUUGUCAGUCAUGCAACUAACUAUGUACUUUGUUGCAGUCAAACGUCAACUUAUCUGUAUCGUUGUACGUACAUCCAAACGGGCAUACAGCAAAGUUGAUCUUUUUUGACA